UAAGAAGAAGCAACAUUUUGUAAAUAUAGAAUUUUCGCUACAAAAACCAUUUGGGAACCUGCCCUGCCAUGUCGGACGCCCACUUGGAUGCGCCGCCAUCAGUGCGACUGACCAACGAUGACUUCCGCAAGCUGCUGGCCACGCCCCGAGCUCCGCCUCCUGGGUCUAGUACGAGCAGCACUUCCGGCGGCGGAUCUCUGGCCACCGCGACGUUCGCCACACCUUCUACUCCUGCCUUGGCAGGAUCGAGUGGAGACAAGAAGAAGGGUCAAAGCAGCAGCGAGCGGAACGACCUUCGGCGGAAGAAAAAAAACUUCUACGCGGCGCUGAAGAAGCAGGAGGAUGUGAAGCUCCAGGAGCUGUCUGAGAAGUAUAGGGACAGAGCGCGCGAGCGUCGAGAUGGUGCCAAUCCGGAUUACGUGAACGUAAGCACUCCGGGGCACGGCAGCAGCACGAACGCCUACCGAGCCGUCGCUCCGGAUAUGAAGUCAGGAAUAGACGCUGCCGAACGCCGACGGCGAAUCAUCCAGGAAUCGAAGUUCUUGGGCGGUGACAUCCAGCACACGCAUUUGGUGAAGGGUCUCGAUUACGCCCUGCUGCAGAAGGUGCGCUCGGAGCUGCACUCCAAAGAGGCAGAGGAGGAGGAGAUAGCCGCCGCCGUGGCCAGGGAGAAGCUGGCUGAGGCAGCCGCUGCAGCCGAACAGCUCGAAGCAGAGCGCCGUGAGUCGGAGGACAUCAAUGCCAUCAACGGAGCCCUAGCCCGCAACAUAUACAACCUGAUCCAAGCACGGCGAUCAAAGGAGGUGCCCCGCAAUGAGCUGUUUGCGCCUGGACGUAUGGCCUACGUCAUCGAUCUGGAUGACGAGCUGGGCGAAUCGGACAUCCCAACGACACUGAAACGCUCCAAGUUCGAGGUGCCAGUGGCGCGUGAGGAUGUGGCCACGCUAACCACUAAUGACAUUGUCAUCAACAAACUGUCCCAGAUCCUGAGCUACUUGAGGGCCGGUGGUCGCAACAAAAAGAACAAGAAGCGCGACAAGGACAAGCCGCUUUUCUACGACAAGGAGAUGGAGAAUGCCCGGGGACCGACCAGCGGUGGUGGAGGCAUAAGUAGCAUCACCACCUCGUCUGGCAAUAAGGGCGGAAAAACCGUUCCUCUGGGGGACAAUAUCUACGACGAUAUUGGGGACUACCAGCCAACAGCCUCACGAGGAGAUCGAAACCGUCAGGACGCUGGAAAACCCGCCAACUCAUACUUUGGCGAGGGUCCUCCCGAGGCCGCAGAGGAACCCAUGGUUACCAGUAUACCUCCGCCACCGAAAAUAUCGAAGGCUAUGGCCUCGCGUUUCGCUAACGAACCCGAGGGUUAUGCCGAAUGUUAUCCUGGGCUAGAGGAGAUGAACGACGCCAUCGACGACUCGGAUGACGAGGUUGACUAUACCAAGAUGGAUCUGGGUAACAAAAAGGGACCGAUUGGGCGCUGGGACUUCGACACACAAGAGGAAUACUCAGACUACAUGAGCACCAAGGAGGCCCUGCCAAAAGCCGCCUUUCAGUAUGGCGUCAAGAUGCAGGACGGACGGAAGACGCGCAAGAACAAGACGGAGAAGAACGAGAAGGCCGAGUUGGACAGAGAGUGGCAGAAGAUUCAGACCAUCAUACAAAAGAGGAAGCUGCCCAAGGAUGGCGGGGGUGGUGGCGGUGGUAGCAGCGGUGGAGGAGGCGAUGAACCCGAUUACAAAUCCGCGAAAUACUAGAAUAAUUCUUUAAACCUUAUACUAUAUUUUGCAAUUUCGUAAUUCUGUAAAACAUUAAUUAAUA